GUAAAGGUUCUGGAGCAGAGCGUCAAGAAGUGUCGGAGAACUGGGAGGCGUGGAGGACCCCGGCCCUUGCUCCUGCGACAUUGUGGGGUCAGCCGAGGAAUCAACCCUCAUUCUGCCGCGCUGCACCCCCGCUUCCGGGUUCCGCGACUGCGCGCAUGCGUCGCAGGGCCCUGCGCGGCUUCCGUCCUGGCUGAGAUGGCGGCGCCCGGGAUCCUGUGUAGCGGCUGCAGAGGGUGCCGCCGCCCUAGGCGAAGUAGGGCCGUCCUGAGCGAAAGAACCGCCCCCAGCAGGAGCGCCACCACUGCUUAGCAAAGAAUCCCAGACCCCGCCCGGGAAGGCAGCCGCACCAUGGAGUCUUCCAGUUCAUCUAACCCUUAUUUCUCCGUUGGCCCAACCAGUCCCAGCGCUGUCGUGCUCCUCUACUCGAAGGAGCUCAAAAAGUGGGAUGAGUUUGAAGAUAUUUUAGAAGAGAGGAGGCAUGUCAGUGACUUGAAAUUUGCAAUGAAAUGCUACACACCUCUUGUCUAUAAGGGAAUUACUCCAUGUAAACCAAUUGAUAUUAAAUGUAGUGUUCUCAAUUCUGAGGAGAUUCAUUAUGUCAUUAAACAGCUUUCCAAGGAAUCCCUUCAAUCUGUGGAUGUCCUCCGAGAGGAAGUGAGUGAGAUUUUAGACGAAAUGAGUCACAAACUGCGUCUUGGAGCCAUUCGGUUUUUUGCCUUCACCCUGAGCAAAGUAUUUAAACAAAUUUUCUCGAAGGUGUGUGUAAAUGAAGAAGGUAUUCAGAAACUACAAAGAGCCAUCCAGGAGCAUCCUGUUGUUCUGCUGCCUAGUCAUCGAAGUUACAUUGACUUCCUCAUGUUGUCUUUUCUUCUGUACAAUUAUGAUUUGCCUGUGCCAGUUAUAGCAGCAGGAAUGGACUUCCUGGGAAUGAAAAUGGUUGGUGAGCUGCUACGAAUGUCGGGUGCCUUUUUCAUGCGGCGUACCUUUGGUGGCAAUAAACUCUACUGGGCUGUAUUCUCUGAAUAUGUAAAAACUAUGUUACGGAAUGGUUAUGCUCCUGUUGAAUUUUUCCUCGAAGGGACAAGAAGCCGCUCUGCCAAGACAUUGACUCCAAAAUUUGGUCUUCUGAAUAUUGUGAUGGAGCCAUUUUUUAAAAGAGAAGUUUUUGAUACCUACCUUGUCCCAAUUAGUAUCAGUUAUGAUAAGAUCUUGGAAGAAACUCUUUAUGUGUAUGAGCUUCUAGGGGUUCCUAAACCAAAAGAAUCUACAACUGGGUUGUUGAAAGCCAGAAAGAUUCUCUCUGAAAAUUUUGGAAGCAUCCAUGUGUACUUUGGAGAUCCUGUGUCACUUCGAUCUUUGGCAGCUGGGAGGAUGAGUCGGAGCUCAUAUAACUUGGUUCCAAGAUACAUUCCUCAGAAACAGUCUGAGGACAUGCAUGCCUUUGUCACUGAAGUUGCCUACAAAAUGGAGCUUCUGCAAAUUGAAAACAUGGUUUUGAGCCCCUGGACCCUAACAGUUGCUGUUCUGCUUCAGAACCGGCCAUCCAUGGACUUCGAUGCUCUGGUGGAAAAGACUUUAUGGCUAAAAGGCCUAACCCAGGCAUUUGGAGGGUUUCUCAUUUGGCCUGAUAAUAAACCUGCUGAAGAAGUUGUCCAGGCCAGCAUUCUUCUGCAUUGCAACAUUGCCAGCCUUGUCAAAGACCAGGUGCUUCUGAAAGUGGACUCCGGAGACUCGGAAGUGGUCGAUGGGCUUAUGUUCCAGCACAUCACUCUCCUCAUGUGCUCAGCUUAUAGGAACCAGCUGCUCAACAUUUUUGUGCGCCCGUCCUUAGUAGCAAUAGCAUUGCAGAUGACACCAGGGUUCAGGAAAGAGGAUGUCUACAGUUGCUUUCGCUUCCUACGUGAUGUUUUUGCAGAUGAGUUCAUCUUCCUUCCAGGAAACACAGUAAAGGACUUUGAAGAAGGCUGUUACCUGCUUUGUAAAAGUGAAGCCAUACAAGUGACUACGAAAGACAUCCUAGUUACAGAGAAAGGAAAUACUGUGUUAGAAUUUUUAGUAGGACUCUUUAAACCUUUUGUGGAAAGCUAUCAGAUAAUUUGCAAGUACCUUUUGAGUGAAGAAGAGGACCACUUCAGUGAGGAAAAGUACUUGGCUGCAGUCAGAAAAUUCACAAGUCAGCUUCUCGAUCAAGGUACCUCUCAGUGUUAUGAUGUAUUAUCUUCUGAUGUGCAGAAAAACGCCUUAGCAGCCUGUGUGAGGCUCGGAGUAGUGGAGAAGAAGAAGAUAAAUAAUAACUGUAUAUUUAAUGUGAAUGAACCUGCCACAACCAAAUUAGAAGAAAUGCUUGGUUGUAAGACACCAAUAGGAAAACCAGCCACUGCAAAACUUUAAUAAUCGACAAAUAGUUAUGGAAGAUUCGGUCAUGUAAUUACUGUCAUCGAAGGACUCAUUACAACAAACAGGGAAGUAAAGGAAGAGACACAUCCUCUCGUACUCCCUGAGACUCUGAGAACAGUGGACGCAGAGGGAAGAGAUGAUCAUUGGAAGCAAUCAGUUUACUCUUCCCCACCACAGUGGUUAAAAGGCGUUUGUAUCUGACACUAUGUGUGUGUUUAAAAAUAAACUUUUGGAAACAUGUUUGGAAAA